UUUUCGCACUUUUUUUCUGCUUUUGAGUUAAGUUUGUAUAUCAGCUUGUAUCAAACUCAUUUUGGGUUCAUUGCGUGUUAUUUAAUGGAAAGGCGAAGCAAGAUGCAUUUGUGUAACACUUGGGACUCCUAAUACCCUCAGCCGCUUAAUUUGCAAGAAGCAUGUUGUGGAUAAAAGAAUCAGGCAUUUUGGCUCACUUUUGUUUGAAUAUCAAACUGAAUGAAUUUGCAAAGGUACUUCUGGUAAUUUGUCCUUGCCUAUUCUAUUCCUUAGAGUUCAAUCAUGUCUGUGGUAUGGUUGAUAUUCCAAGUGCUGCUGGUAGUGAAUGGGUUACAAGCGGAAGAGGACGAGUGGAUUGAUCCAACAGAUAUGAUCAACUAUGAUGCUGCAAGUGGCAGAAUGAGAAGGUCACAUCUGACUAGAAAUGAGCAAGAAGAUGCUGAGACUCAUAAAGAUACAGCAGGAAUUAAUCAGGACCAAGGAUCCUGUCCGGAUUUUGAGAGACCCCAACCUGAUAGAUUAAGCAAGUAUGAAGAAAAUAAACAGGUGCCAUCAGCUGAGGCACCAGGAAUCAGUUGCAAUCCUGUUUUUAAGAGGUAUCUGAAUAAGCUGCUGCUGGAGACGGAAAAAUUAGGUUUGCCAGACAAUGAUAAUGAGGUCCAUUACGAUGCAGAGAUUUACCUGACAAAGCACGAUGUGUCUGAGAUUAAGAAAUUUCUCGAUGGUAAGCCGUGGAAACCUGGUCCUUUGGAUGAUGCACUUAGUAGACUUCUAGUUAAUUUUAAGCAUCAUGACCCCGAAGUUUGGAAGUGGAAUUUUGAGGACGUAUUUGGAGUGGAUCUCUUAACAAUACUUCAGUUCUUGGCCUGCCUGGUUUGUAUUUUACUAAUUUUUCGCCUGGCGUGGACAGCAUUGACACGACCCUAUCGUUUCAUAUUAUUCUGCUUUUUGCUGAGUUUCGUGUGGAACUGGGUGUUUUUGUACAAGACAGCUUUUGCUAAGCGACAAGCUAAUUUUGCCAAGAUGGAACAUGAUAAACCAAUGUGUACAGGAGUCCACAAGUUGGAUUGGAGCGGCAGUCUGGUUGAGUGGUUCAGGCGAAGGUGGACACUGCAGGAUGACCCAUGUGAGAAAUACUAUGAAGCCCUCCUGGUCCAUCCAGUUUGGGAGGUGCCACCAGCCAGGGCCCUGAUGCUCACCAUAACUACACUCGUCACUGAACCAUUGAAACAUGUCGGGGAACCCAUCAGUCAGUUUUUUCGAGACAUCCUUAAAGAUCUACCAUGGCUUUUGCAAAUUCCCGUGACUCUCGCGGUAGUUUUGUGUUUUAUUGCAUUCUGGUAUUCCUGUGGUCAGUCAGUUGCCCGGUAUGGUUUACCUAGAUUCUAUCCUGAUGAUAGUUCCCGAUCUGCAAUUGCACAGCAUAGUGCGCCGUGCAUCAUGCAUAAUGGCACCGUCUACCAAAGGGCAGGGUAUGUGGAUUACCAGGCUGGGGGAGAUGCUCGAUAUCUCCCCAACAUCAGAAGAGAGAGCAACCAUGACGAGUCUGCAGUUCCAGGACGAAAUAACAUGAAUCACCAGGGUGUUGAAGAGAUAAUGAGUCGGGAAGGAGCUGGGGUUUGGGAGAAUGGGCGAGGUGAUAACCAUCUACGCAGGCGAAGAGUACCGGGCGGGACUUCUGCGCACACUUCUGAAGAUCCGAGGGCAAAUUGUGACAUCUUUUUGUCCACUGAACCACUGCCACUUGGAGAAAAUCAGCAACCUGCUGCCAGAAAUGUCACAGAAGAUAAGAUCCCCCCUCGGGAUGGACUGGAGGUUGGACAGAGUGAAGAUGGUAAACAGCAAAGUAAGAACAAAGCUGGUUUCCCUCACAGCAACUCCAAUAAUAGAUUGUGCGGUGAGAAAAGAACGGAGGAGAAGAAUAUGCCAGCGCCUAUACCAGCUCGUGAAGAUUCCUGUACAGCUGAAAGCUCCCUUCAUGUAGUUCCACGGCAUCCAUCAGACAGGAGUCACACAGACACUGAGCCCAUUGGGAACAAGACUCUUGAGGAAGAGAAGCCUGAAAAUGAGGAAGCCUUCGUAGAAAAUGUGGGAGCACAGGAAUUUUACGGAUAUCAUCAGUUACUUUGUUGAAAACCUGCAAGUUAUUCACUAAUGUUUCGCCACGUUUCUCAAGGGAAGUAAUAGCUUGUGGGAAGUUUGCAAAAUUGGAAGCAACAAACACAAGAUCGCGGUGGAGGGACUUUUUCUGCAUGAUUUCACUGGCGAUCCUGACUGCAGCAGAUUCUUUUUCUUCAAAACAGUUGACGAUUUAUUUUAUCUUUUCAAAAUUUGCAGCGUAGUAGAGUACAACAGAGAGCCAUGUACCCCACCUAGUCAAAACAGGCUGAGGUGGUAGCGGAAUCUUGGGUGCCAUUUCCUUGAAAAACUGCACACGUGACGGUGCUUUGAGGAAGAUUUUCUUGAUAUUGGAAACUAGGUGAUCAACAUUUGGGAACAAGCUACGUCAGGGGUUGACAAUUCUAUGAAGUCAUUGAGCUAAGCAUGUCAAAAAAACUUUAAGAGCACGAGCAGCUUUUUUCAUGUACGGAGCUGCAUCAGUCACAAACGGAAGAACAUUCUCGUGUUUUAUACCUUCUGGCCAAAAUACAGCAAGUGAAGAUGUAAACAACUGAGAAAUAAUUGUGCUGUUUGACUUCUCCAAUACUUCUGAUGUCAACAAAUACUCCUUUGAUGGUUGACCUGCAUCCAGUGUACCGAUGACCACAUUGGCAACAUAUCUCCCCACAGCAUCGGUUGUCUCGUCUAUUGAGAUCCAUAUUUUGUUGCAUGCAACUUCAUCUCUAAUUUUCUGCACAAUGUUGAAGUUGCCAUCAACAUACUUUUUCAGUAAUGAUGAUUCGCUUGGUAUAUGUUCCUCUGUGUAUUUCUCUAAAAAAUAACUCUUUUGAGGGAUUUGUUUUCCAAUUUUCACAUUGGAAUUCCAGCAUCAAUGAAUGCCUUGCUCGAAAACUCAGAUUUACGACUGGAGCCAGCAGUAAAUGUAGUGAGGAGACGAGCUUGGGUAUUUCGCUUGGGUAGUCUACACCCCAGAGGUAUCAACAUUGACUUCUCUAAUUUUAGAUAGCCCUUGUCUUGUCCCUCCUCCCCUUCCCAGCUCUCCUUCCAGUCCUACUGUCACUGCCUCUUCCUAUCUUCCCCC